UUGGACUAGUGCCAGCCUGUAACCAAGGAGGAAGCGGGUCAGCCCUCAAUCAACAUAUUCCACAUUCCCUUUAAGAGUUUAUAUUCGCGGAGACUGUCCAACCGACCUGCUCCGCGCCCCACUUCUCGGUCCACACGACCACCUCUCUCGCGUAAAAGCCGCUUAAUAUUCCCCCGCUCCGGGCUUACGGGAAACCUCUCUUCGACUCCAGCCUCCGCGAGUCGUCAGCGCGCACACUCAUUGUCACGGCGAACCUUCCUGAACCGAAGUGACGCAUUCUUCCUCUCUGCAGCUUUGCGGGAACCGAGGGAACACGCACUUUUAAUCGCUCUGCAAAAAAUCGUGGAUCAUGGCCUCUGUUAUGCAGAAACUCAUCACCCCCCUGGCCAGCGGCCCCGCUGAGCCCCCCAGGAACAAGGUGACUGUGGUGGGAGUGGGGCAGGUGGGCAUGGCCUGCGCUGUCAGCAUCCUCCUGCGGGAGCUGGCUGAUGAGAUGGCCCUGGUUGAUGUGAUGGAGGACAAGCUGAAGGGAGAGAUGAUGGAUCUGCAGCAUGGCAGCCUCUUCCUCAAGACACCCACGAUUGUGGCUGACAAAGACUACUCCGUGACAGCCAACUCCCGCAUCGUUGUGGUGACGGCCGGCGUGCGCCAGCAGGAGGGUGAGAGCCGGCUGAACCUGGUCCAGAGGAACGUCAACAUCUUCAAGCACAUCAUUCCCCAGAUCGUCAAGUACAGCCCCAACUGCACCCUCGUUGUGGUGUCCAACCCAGUGGAUGUCCUGACCUACGUGACCUGGAAGCUGAGCGGCCUGCCCAAGCACCGCGUCAUCGGCAGCGGCACCAACCUGGACUCCGCCCGCUUCCGCUACCUGAUGGCUGAGAAGCUGGGCAUACACUCCAGCAGCUUCAACGGCUGGAUCCUGGGCGAACACGGAGACUCCAGCGUCCCUGUGUGGAGCGGUGCCAACGUGGCUGGAGUGAGCCUGCAGAAGCUGAACCCUGACAUCGGCACUGAUGCUGACAAGGAGAACUGGAAGGAGGCACACAAGAUGGUGGUGGACAGUGCUUACGAGGUGAUCAGGCUGAAGGGCUACACUAACUGGGCCAUUGGUCUGAGUGUGGCUGACCUGACCGAGUCCCUCAUUAAGAACCUCAACAGGAUCCACCCUGUCUCCACCAUGGUCAAGGGCAUGUACGGGAUCAACGAUGAGGUGUACCUGAGCCUGCCCUGCGUGCUGAACAACGGGGGCGUGGCCAGCGUGGUCAACAUGACCCUGACUGACGAGGAGGUGGGCCAGCUGAGGAAGAGCGCCGAGACGCUGUGGGGCAUCCAGAAGGACCUGAAGGACCUGUAGAGCUCUUACUGACCUGCGGGGGGCGCCUCACACUCCUGAACCUCCUCCGUCCCCCCUCCCCACUCUCUGACACCUCUCUCUCCUCCAGUUCCACACUCCUGUGCCCCACCUCAACCACCUGUACACUCCUCUACCUCCCUCCCUCAUCUGCCUCCACACUCCUCCACCCCUCCCUCCUACACUUCUACACUCCCACACCUCCGCCUCAUUUGAGGGGUAAUUUUUUUGUUGUCGUGCCCCCAGUUGGAGAUUUUAAUUAGAUCAGAAUGUGGCCGUUUCUCAUUUGCACUUAAGAACCAUUCAGAAUGACUCCCUGUGUGACAUCCCACUCUCUGAAUAAUCUCUGUGUGACCUUAUUUGGCAUUAUGAAAGAAGACCUUGAGUCUUUCUGUCUCUCUGUCAGGGUCACAGGGAAGGGACAGAGGAGGAUUAUGUGAUGGGUCAGCCUACUUGAUUUUUGUCAAUCAUACUGUAACUGUCAAUCAUGUUGUUCCUUGUGGUUAAAAUGCUGUUAAAACAGUAUCCAUGAGUAAAUAAAACGUUUAAACUCGAA